GAAACACCACAAAAUUUCUCACCGCUCUCUCCUCCUCCCGACAGCCGAAUCCCCAAAUCGUCGCUCUCGUCGCCAUCGUCGGCGACUCACUCCGGCCGCCGUCUGGACGCACCUUCCUCCCUCGUCUCGACCUCUUCUUCUUCGUCCCUUCCCCCCAAAUCGCUGUCGCUUCUCCCCCAAUUUCGCCACCGCUUUCUCCUCCCCGAGCGCCGAACCCCCAAAUCGCCGCUGUCGUCGCCGUUGCUUCGUCGGUGACUCACUCCGGCCGCACCUUCCACCCUCGUCUCGACCUCUUCUUCUUCCUCCCUUGCCCCAAAAUCGCCGUUGCCUUAUCCAUUUCUCCGUCGUGGUCGUCGUCGCCUCUCCCCUACCGGCGGCGUAACCUAGGAAAUGGAUUCCGGCCCUUCCGGUGUUGCUCACGCUUGCGUGCUGUGAGAAUCGUUUGCAGGAUCGAGGUGGUGCUCCUGCUUCCCGGAUUCCGGCGCUGUCCUCCUCACGUUCCAUUGGAUCUGAUAGCGUCAGGAUAAAAUGUGUUCUCCAAGAUCUGAUUUGAAGUCAGGUGCUAAAAAUAUGAAAAAACUGCGGCAGAAAUUACGAUUGCAAGAAAAAACACAGAAUUAAUGGAGAAUGAAGUACAGGAGGAUGUUGAGGACGCAAACAAUGUUGAAGCUAAAAAACAGACACUUUUCAAUAGUGCAUCCCCGAUGAAGGUUAUCAAGGUGUGCAAGCUCUUGGAUAGGAAACAGCGGAAGAAGAUAAUGAAGGUUGGUUUUGGAAGUUUUCUGGACAUCAAGUGUUCGAAGUUAUUCCCAGAAUUGUGCAAGUAUCUGAUGGAUCACUUCGAUCCGGAUACUUCUGCACUUGAGUUUCCUGAAGAUGAAAGGGGAAUCAUUCCCAUUAUUGUGGAUACAGUUUUUGAGGUGCUUGGGAUACCUAAAGGGGCUUUACCUGUCAUUUAUCAGUAUGACAGUGUUUCAGUUAAAUAUGUUCUUGACUUGCUGCAAGUGGAAGAUGGUAGACAACCGAAAAUAUCAGAUAUUGAGACCCGAUUGACAGAAAUGGGUACUGCUGAAGACCCUUUUCUUUUGCUCUGGAUGCUAUACGUAGUUUGUUUUCUUGCUCCAACAACUGGUGUUAGAGUUAGUCCGAAUUGCUAUCCAUCACUGGUCAAUGUAUCUCAAAUCAACAAGUUGGAUUGGUGUCGCUUUACAAUCAACAUCCUUAUUCAGACUGCGAAGGCCAAGAAUAAGAACUGUUUUAAGGCAUGCAUGCCAUUGUUAAUGCUCAAGUAUGUGGAUUCUUUGGUUACCAAAGGCAUACAUGUUGAAGCUGAGGGUCCUCGAAUUUGUGUGUGGACUAACCAAAUGGUUAAGGCAGCAAUUGCUCAAGAUACAAACAGGGAUGGCACCUUUGGAAUAUUACCCAUUGUGUGGAGUGUAUUCCUUGUUGUUGCGAAGAGUGCGAGAACUAUCACAACCUUGGACAAGGGGGUAAAGUGUCCUUUUGUUCAGAAUCUGAAGCUGUAUAUAUCAAUGUGCAAUGACUGUACUAAAGGCCUACCUGGAGUUCAAAAUCUGUAAGUUCUGAUGAGAACUUGUAAUGGGAGUUCUAAUGAAGUUGUGACCUCCUAAUUGCCCCUACGACUUUCUAUUGGAUGAAGAUCAGAAGUUUGCUUUGAAAUCGUACACCUACACACAGUUGAUGUCAUGCUAGAUCUAGGUUGUAAUUUCUGGAACUUUGUCAGUACAAACCAAAAACCAACGUACACUUGUGUUAGAAGUUAGCAGGUACAUGGCAGUUGACGAGAUCUACAUGAUAGACAUGGUUUAAUAGUAGAUUCUGGUUGUAAUUUCUGGAUCUCUCUGACUAACCUGAUAUGUCGUACGAAGUAACUUCUGCCUUCUGCUUGAUC